UUCCAUUCUUCUGCAUCUAUAUUUAUAAAACCAGACCCUCUGCUCCUCCACCCCAAAAUCUCCUCCUCAACCGCUCUGAAUCAACAUGGCUGUUGAUCUAAUCGGAUACACGAAGAUGGAGGACAAGAUUUCAGCUCAGGAGGCGGCGAUCGCCGGGAUUCGGAGCAUGGAAAACCUAAUUUUCCAACUCAACCAAUACCAUACGUCUUCGGCUUCAACUUUAGCUCGGAUCUCCCCAGAAAUGGCCGCGAGGCAAAUCGAUUGCAGAGAAAUCACGGAUCAAACCGUGUCUAAGUUCAAGAAGAUGGUCUCUAUUCUCAAUCGCACCGGUCACGCACGCUUCCGCCGAGGCCCAACACCGCCGUCUCCAUCGCCUCCAUCAACGCCGAUGGAUCCCGAAACCCCCAUCAUCCAACCGCUCGAUUUCAACAAAACCAACCCCAGCGGAAAAACCCUGAACGAAAUCCCUUUUACCGCUGACAAGAGAAGCUUCACCAUCUCCAAAUCAAGGCCGAUCUCCUCAGCAAAUUCCUCGUUUAUUUCAUCAGUUACCGGAGACCUAAGCGUAUCGUACGGCCGCCAAUCGUCCUCCGUCCACCACCCAUCUGCUGCCGGAAAACCCCCUCUGUCUUCUGCGGCCAUGAGGAAGCGCUGCCAUGAACAUGCUCAACCGGAGGAUAUCUCCGGCGCCGGCCGUUGUCACUGCACUAAGCGCAUGAAGAAUCGCGUUAAGUCCGUGAUUCGCGUGCCGGCGAUUAGCUCAAAGAUUGCUGAUAUUCCGUCGGAUGAGUAUUCAUGGCGGAAGUAUGGGCAGAAACCCAUCAAAGGCUCGCCGUACCCCAGGGGUUAUUACAAGUGUAGCGGCGUGCGAGGCUGUCCGGCGAGGAAGCACGUGGAGCGCGCUACGGAUGAACCUUCGAUGCUUAUCGUCACCUACGAAGGGGAACACAUCCAUUCCAAGCCGCUCGUUUUGGAUCAGCAACGCGUGAUCUGAGCCGUUCGUUUUUUUCUAGAUUAUUUAUUUUACUUUUGUGCCAUCUUCAGUUUUUUUUAAUCGAAUUAACAAUGUUUUUCACCCUUUGGGAGUGGGGUGAG